AUGGAGAUGGAACAGAGCGUAUCAGAUUCUUCUUAUCGGAUUUCAAAGAGUUGGAUGAUUAACUGUGUGAUGCUAUUGAGCAUGAUGGUGCAGCUUCUGCUCACUUUUGGCGGUGCACUGAGAUACCGCAGUGGAAGUUCAGUAUUGCAGUUGGUCGUAUGGCUAGGUUAUAUGUCAGCAGAUGCUAUGGCCAUCUAUGUACUUGGUGUGAUGGUGCACUUUCAGAGUCGUGCAAUAUUUGGAAUAUGGGCUCCCAUAUUGCUCUCGCAUUUGGGAGGACCUGAUACUAUCUCUGCCUAUUCAACGCCAGACAAUGAGCUCUGGUUAAGGCACCUUUUUACCAUGUUGUACCAGAUCUCAGUGGCCGUUUAUGUUGUGUAUUUAUCACAGUUGGGAGGUUAUUUGUUAGCUGCGGCAGUGCUUUUGUUAGUUGUUGGGAUUUCCAAGUACGCUGAAAGGAUUAUGGCAUUGAGAUACUCGAGUCUCUCACAGAUCGUCAGCUCUGCUGAUCCCAUGAAUGUGUUCAUGCAAUUGGAGGGUGAAAGAUGUGAUUAUCUGGUCAUGGGAUUGAAGCAAUGGAGAAAGAGCAGGAAUGUGAAGGUAACCAUUACUGAUGUUUGGAAUUCCGAGGGAAAAGAACUUACAGAAAACUACAUGCUCUGCUUGUCUUAUGCCUUAUUCAAAAUGAAUAAGCGCAGAUAUGUGAAUCUCUAUCUUCACGAAAGAUAUUACAAUAGAACAAGGGACUUCUUAUUUGCCGAGGAAUUAUCUCACAUCCCUUCCCCUCAAAAGAUAUUUACAGUAGCAGAGAUGGAGCUGAAAUUUCUGUACGAUCUUUUGUUCUCCAAGUCAAGUGGUACAGCAUUCAGUAAAUUGGGUAUGGUGAUGCGCUUGGUGAACAUUUGUCUGAUAGGAAUAACUGGUUUUCUGAUUUACAGAGAGUUGGCAUCUCAGAGAGUGGUAGAGGAAACUCUGUACACACAACGCAUGGUAGCAUAUGCGCUCCUCUCUGUUGCUAUUGUUUUAGAGAUUGUUCAAUUCUGCAGAAUUUUGACGUCGGAUUGGAGCAUGGUCUGGCUAAUCUGCGCACGUAUUCAGUAUAUUGAUAAUUCUUGUGGAAGGAUAGGACUGGAUUUGUACAUGGCCAUGCUAAUACAGAUUGUUAUUCAGAUAUCCAGUCGGUUCCGCAAGUAUUGCCGGGGUAAAUAUUGGAAGGAUCAAAUUGCACAAUACUCUAUAAUCGACUCCUGCUCACAUAUCUCUCCUUCCAUCUGGAAGCUAACUAAAUUUCUCCACCUCACAAGCUUUGUUACAAGCUGGUACAAUCACACAGAGCCGGUAGAAGAUGAUCUGAAAAUAUUUCUUGUUGAACAACUUAAACAGAGAUGCUCGACAGAAGAAGAUGUGGAAAAUUGUAGAACACAAUUGAUGUCCUAUGAUUUCGGUUUGGAAGUAAACCAAUGUGAAGAUUUGAAAUGGGCUUCACAGCAGGAUCAAGAGCAUUUAAUUCUACAUUGGCAUAUAGCCACAACAAUAUGUGAGAUGCAGAGAGAGGCAAAGCCCAGUUCAAAUAUGCAGGACCAGGAAAUAAAGAGGAACAUUGAUAUAAGUAGAACGCUGUCAAGGUAUUGUGCAUAUUUAUUGGUGUCCACAUCUAAGCUUCUCCCUCUCCAUCCAGACAUUGAAAGUGUGAAGCACAUGGAUGUUCACAAUGAGCUCAUCAGACUUGCCGACCUUGGCUACAAUAGAAUGAAUACCUAUGAAAGGUAUUCUACUUUGGGACAUGGUGCAAAACUAGCUCGGGAGCUACAACAAAAGCCAGAACAGCUAAGGUGGAAAAUAAUCUCAGAUUAUUGGGGUGGAGUGAUGAUAUUUUAUGCUCUGAAAAACAAAGCUUCUGUCCAUGCGGAACGACUUACUGUAGGAGGUGAAUUUCUAACUCUACUCUGGGCUAUAGUUGGUCACAUGGGAGUGGGAGACCAGUGA